GCAGCAGCAGAAGCAGCGCUGGCGGCCAAGCGAGCGUCGGAGGGGGCCGGGCCCAUCGCGGCGAGGACAACACGCCAGGCCGACUCCCGCCCGCCCGGCGCCGAGCCAUGAGGAGGCGGCGGCGGGGGGAGCAGCAGCAGCCGCACCUCCAGGCCUGAAGGCAACCGAGCCCCGUAGGCCCCAACCCGCCGGGGAAGGGUGGGGGGGGGGCAACCGGCCCAACCAUGGACAACCAGUGUACAGUCCAGGUGAAGUUGGAGCUCGGACACCGUGCCCAGCUGCGCAAGAAGCCCACCACCGAGGGGUUCACCCACGACUGGAUGGUGUUUGUACGAGGCCCGGAGCAGUUUGAGAUUCAGCACUUCGUGGAGAGGGUGGUCUUCCGUCUCCAUCAGAGCUUCCCGAAACCAAAACGUGUUUGCAAAGAGCCCCCAUACAAAGUGGAGGAGUCUGGCUACGCGGGGUUCAUUAUGCCCAUUGAGGUCUACUUCAAGAAUAAGGAGGAACCGAAGAAAGUGUGCUUUACCUACGACCUCUUCCUAAACCUGGAAGGAAACCCGCCGGUUAAUCAUUUGCGCUGCGAGAAGCUCACCUUCAACAACCCCACCAAGGAAUUCCGCCACAAGCUCAUCAAAGCCGGAGGGGUGAUGGUCAUGCCGGAAGGUGCCGAAACCGUCUCCAGGCCGAGUCCUGACUACCCCAUGCUUCCUACCAUCCCUCUCUCGGCCUUCUCCGACCCGAAGAAGUCCAAACCAUCCCAUGGCUCAAAGGAGGUGAACAAAGAGGGGGGCAAACUCUCCAAGCCCCACAAGGUCACCCGGGAGCAUCGAGAGCGGCCCCGGAAGGACUCGGAGAGCAAAGCCGCCUCCCGGGAGGCGGAACGAGAAGCCGGCAAGGCCGCCAAGGAGCCCUCCAAGAAGCACGCCACCGAGAACAAGGGCCCGAAGGAGGAGAAGCCUCUGCCCAAGGCCGCCCUGAAGGAGGCCAAGCUGGCCCUGAAGGAGGCCAAGCUGGAGAACGCCUCGCCCAAGGGGGCGCCCCCGGCCCCCGAAGGGAAGCCUGCCUCGGCCAAGCGGCCCCUGGCGGUGGAGUCGCCCAAGCCCAUGCCCAAGAAGUUGAAGAAGAACAGCUCGAAGGGGGCCAAGACCCUCCCCACCAACACCCACCGGGCCCCCAACCCCACCGCCCCCGCCAACCCCGCCAACCCCACCUCCUCCUCCUCCUCCUACGCGGAGAAGAAGCUGCCCAAGGAGAAGGGGCCCAGCGCCAAAGCCGAGAAGGCCAAGCCGGAGAGCGAAGCCAAGGCCGCCAAGAAGCCCGUGGAGGUGGCCAUGGCCGAGGAGUCCAACUCGGAGGAUGAGGCCUCGCUCAAGUCCGAGUCUGCCGCAUCCAGUCCUUCCAACUCCAGUUCCAGCUCCGACUCCAGCUCCGACUCGGACUUCGAGCCCUCUCAGAACCACACUCAAGGGCCGCUGCGUUCCAUGGUGGAGGACCUGCAGUCGGAAGAAUCGGAUGACGAUGACAGCUCCUCCGGGGAAGAGGUGGCGGUGAAGUCCACCCCCAUCAGCAGAGAGGCCAGGCUCAGCCACAGCGACAGCGACACGGACAACAGCGCUGACUCCUGCCUGCCGAGUCGAGAUACGCCACCCCGGCAGAAAGGCCCCCCCGCUAACAAUAAGGUAUCUGGCAGAAAAAGUCCAGAGUCCUGCAAUAAACCUGAGAAGAUCUUGAAGAAAGGGACAUAUGACAAGGCCUACACGGACGAGUUGGUGGAGCUCCACCGGCGGCUGAUGGCGUUACGAGAGCGCAACGUGCUACAGCAGAUCGUGAACCUCAUUGAAGAGACGGGCCACUUCAACGUCACCAACACCACCUUCGACUUCGACCUCUUCUCCUUGGACGAGACCACCGUCCGCAAGUUGCAGAGCUACCUGGAGGCGGUAGCCACGUGACCCUCGGCCUCGGGAGCCGGACCCACCCGCUUCUCUUCGGUCUCUCUGGGAUGAGGAAAAGGGGAACCCACCCCCUCCCCGGACUACGGCCGCUGCCUUACUCUCUCCUUCCCCCCCCCCCCCCCCCCCCCCAAAGCACUGCCUUAGGGAUCAGCCACGCACUAGGAAGGCCGUGCCGCUUCCCCUUUCGGGCUUCAGCUGAGCGUCUGCCUCUGGCCACCCUUCUCUUGCCUCGGCCAGCCCCCCCACACACACACCUCCCAC